ACGUCUCUAACAAAUGUGUUUAUUACAUACAUAAAUAUCAUAGUGUAUAGUAAGUGAUUCACAAGGGAACGAUCGAAGGACUGAUAACAAACACGUUGUUAAAAUGUUUCGUGAUGGUCAAUAUCUGGAAGUAAUAAAGGCUUCAGAUAAUUGUUUAGCUACGGCUGUAGUUACCGUUCAAGAGAAGAUUAUGAGAAUUAGAAAGAAAAAGGUUUUCACCAAUAAGUGGCUUGAUCUCGAGGAUUGGGCUGCGCUGUAUGCAAUUUUGGAGAAAGCGAUUUUACGUAACGUUCGAAAGGAAGGAUUGUCUCCAGAUUCGGAAAAAUUGAAGGGGAGAAAAUCCACCCGACAGCUAGAAGUCACAUAUACGUUCGAACCAUCAGAAAACGUAAAAGAUGUUGCAUCAUUGCCUACGAUCAGAGUAAAUGUAUCUCCCGCGAAAAAAAAAUUGGGUAAGACAAAAUCGUCGGAAUCAACGUCAGAGAAAAAUGUUCAGAAUCGAACGUCAGAAAAAUCUCAACGCGAUGCUACCGAUUCCACACACCAAACAAACAGACACGAUACUUUACCAAAGAAAUUCGAAACGAAUAAUUUUAUCGCUAAGGUAUCCUCCGAUACGAAAAAAGAUAGAACCAAAAGGUAUUUACAGCUGGAAAGCUCAGGGGAUACUACGUUGGAGGAGUAUGUACCGGAUACGCCAGUUACAAAAAAAUUAUGCACACAUUUGAAAUAUAUACCGAGUAGAAAGAGUAUGUUGGAACAGAUCCAAGUAUCUUCGAACGAGUACUCCCCAUCCAUAUCGGACGAUAAAAGCGUAACGGAAGUUGUUCGAUAUAUUCCGAAUUCCGUGGAUUCGUCGAAAGUGUCUUACGAAACGUACGAACCUAGUUCGACGACCAUUGUAAAUCUUCCCGAGAUAUACGUUCCCAAUUCGAAGGGAAUCAAAGCUUCCAUUGAGGAAUAUCAACCGGACUUUACUAGUAAAUCGAUGAAAUUUGAUGACAGUUACGUGCCGUCAAGCGUCCAAUUAAUUAAUAAAGACUCGAUAAAAUCAUCGGUAAAGCUUAAGAAAGUCCAAUCGAAGAAGUACUCGUCGCGGCAAAAAGAGACAUCGAGCAAGAGAAAUAUUUGCUUACCUGAAAUGUAAUU